AUGGAGAGCCCACCGCAGCGGCUUUGGUUCCCAAUUGAGACAACUGCGGGUCAAGGACGACGGCGGAUAUUCGACGGCCGAACAGUAAUAGUGUUUCUAAGGGUUCAGGAAGGAUGGUCAAGCAGGGAUCUGAAGCAAGGUUGCUGCCAGGACCAAAGCUCCCAGCAGCCCGCGAUCAUGUGA